AUGAUCUUUCAAGUAAGCUUUCGAACUUUACGCAUAGUUCUAGGGAACAUAACUACCAUUUCUCAUCUGCGCUGUGAUGUUUGGUUAGAAAUAUUUCAAUACUUUGAAGCUAUUGAAUUAUUUUCGACUUUAAAAAAUGUCACCGGUACAUCUGAUGAAGUUUUGUUUAACGAAAAAUUUCGGAAUCAAUUGCGAGGACUCGUGAUCGAUUGUCACAUUACAAACCUGCUAAAAGGACUUACCUUAAAUCAAGUAAUAUCUCUCACAAUGAACAAUGGAGCCAGUUUUGGUAUAGUCAAACAAUGCUGUUCUCUUCACUCACUCAAACUCAAGGGAGAAUCCGAAUGGAUCAUUUCUCUUGUGACAAAAUGUUCACAAAUAAGCAUAAAAUUUGAACAACUAUCGAUAACAAUACCUGAUAUUAAACCCUUACACCAAAUUUUGGCAUGCAUUUCAUCUCUCAAUUCUUUGCGGCGAUUAGAAAUUCAUGCUGAGGAACUAGAAGAAACAAUAGGGAUUCCUACUGUAUCAAUGGCACCAAGUAAAAUUGAACAGCUGAUUUUGAAGUCAUGUUCAGCUAUUACAUACAGAGAUUUGUCACAUAUGCAGUCUGGUUUCAUAUGUGUUCGAUAUCUUAGUAUAAGUUUGUUUCAACGUAGUAGGAUUUCAGUUCAUUCGUUUACUUUUCCGUUUCUUCGUUCACUUCGCGUUUCGCUACUUGAAGUGCCAUUCGAAGAAAUCAAUCGGUUAGUAUCGACAAUGCCCAGUUUAAUGAAACUCAAACUAUAUGGUUUCGCGGACGACGUUAACUUUGUAAAUAGUGACAAAUGGAUUCAUCUAUUGACAUCAAUAUCCACUCUAUUCCGAAUCACUGUCGAUAUAUCGCUUCAGCACGAUAGCUCGAUUUUCUAUUGUGAAAAGACUCGUGCUGCUUUGCACAAAAUUAAUAUGAGUUUAACAUCGAUAUUUGAUGAUCUUGAGUGUUAUUCUCAUGAUGAAAGACAAUUAUGCUGGUGGCAAUUGAAAGGAGUUAUCCGAAAAUAA